GAGGUGGCACGCUCGCUCGAGCUCGGCUCAUUCACAGCCCUCCCGGCUCCUGCUCAGGGCUCAGGGCUCAGGGCCUCGUCUCUCCCUUCUCUCAGACUCUCCUUGCUCUUCCUUCCCUGGCGGCGACGACUGGGCGAGCGGCGACGCCAUUUCUCACGUCUUCGCCAAGCCCUUUGCCGGCGACGAGCAUCCUCCAGACAUGGAUGCGUCAGGCCUUCCAGCAUUCGCCAAUGGAGAGAUGCUGAAGACGUUGGUUGGGCGAAGAGUGCGCACAGUGGUUCAAGUCCAGCGCCGUGAAGGCGGACUCCUUGUUGGGCAGUCAACUGACGGGCAUCAGUUGAUUAUUAGAGGUGCCAUGGAUGUCCCUGUAUCACACUUUAUGGAGGUUUUUGGAACUGCUGAAGGCGACCAGUCUAUCAGUGCUGAAAUUUGCACAGAUUUCGGCAACAACUUUGAUGCUGAAUCAUUCAAUGGACUGUGCAAGUUUGCGAACAUGGUCAAGGAGCCGUUCCUGUAGAGUUCAGUAUCUGACAUAAGCUGAUGUCUUAGAUUUGAAGAUUUGGCUAAAUGUUUCUUCAUAACUUCAGUGAUCUGUUGCUGUCAGUAUUGGGUAUCUCUUAUGACCUAUUAAUCUAAGCUAUGUAACAAGGAAGACAAGUGACUCAUGGUCUCAUGUAGUAGAUGAGAUUACUGCGUUUGUUUCCUCCAAGCAAAACGAGCAGAAGCUUUAUGUUAAUGUCACUUGCAUUUCUACCA